AUGAUUCUCUCAGCAAUCAUCGACUCCAUAGCCACAUCCGACGGAAGUCGAAGGCAUACUAUUCAACCGCCGGGUCUCCGAGAUGCAAUAGAGACAAUGCAGUACCUCGCUGAUCGAGGUAAUGGCUUCGCCAAACGUGGAUACGAGGACGCAAGUCAGACGUGGGUUCAGUUAUCCGCCUUUCUUCAAAGAAACCCACAAAACGCCAAAGAUUCUGAAGCGGAAUUCCCGUCGGAGGCAGGUUCUGGAUCUUCAGACACAUUGCCCUUAUCCUUAGACACUUCAAGCGCGACGCGAAAUAUGUCCUCUACUGCGGUUAAUGCUUCCGACUCGUACUCGCCGGCACCUCUAGCUCAUGAUCCUCAUUUCGACUCCACCUUGGGUGGCUUCAGUGAACCGCUACUCCUAGACACGGAAUUAUUGGAUAAUUUUGCACAUUUCUGGAGUGGGGCAAUGGUCCAUCAAUCGGGUAACAAUCUUCCUGAUGUGACUGGGUAUGGACCUUGGUCGACUGAUGAGCUACACCAGUAUUUGUAUCCUCUAUAUAGUAAUCUGGAUUUAGAUCUGACUGGGGGCGACAGAGAGGAUUUCAUCGAGUUUCGAAGAAGUGUGUUAGAUUUGUGA